UUGGUUCACUGUGUUUGUUCAAGGGAGUUGGGCUUCUCCUGGACAAGGUUUUAAAAACCUCUGAGUAAACAGACGCCACUUGUUUUUCUUCUAAACACAGAGCUAGUGAGAUAACUGAGGGAAGAAGUCAAGGGAUUUAAGGUCACAUCCUUCCAUAAGGAACGGACAGAGACGUGAGCCAUGCAAGCGGUGUUGGCUCUGUGCUUGGCCUCGCUCCCAGGCCUGCUCUGGGCUUCACCGCUAUUCCUGGAGAGUGACAGCAGCAAGUCGACCAUCUGUAAAGUCGCACCGCGCUGGGAGAUCGAUGGCCGCUCUCCCAUGAAUGAGCUGUUGGGAAACGUGGUGGUGGUAGCGCUGUUGAAAGCCACCUGACAUUUCUGCCUCACGCAGGCUGCUAAGAUGGGAGACCUGCGUGAUAAGCUGGCACGGGGAAACCUGACCAGCGUUGCAUUUCUGAUCGUGAAUGAACAGGACGCUUUUUCAAGGGCCAUGUAUUGGGAGCUGAAGAAACGAACAGCAGUGGGAAUCCCUGUGUUCCAACAGGGCCCACUGCAGGACGACGUCUGGGACACGCUACAGGGAGAUAAAGACGACUUCUUAGUUUACGAUCGAUGCGGCCGUCUGACGUUUCACAUCGUGCUGCCGUUCAGCUUCCUGCACUAUCCGUACGUAGAGGCGGCCAUCAGAGCCACGUACUUUAAAAACAUCUGUAACUGCACGCAAUUAAACUCUACUCAGAUAACUAGCAAUAACAUGACCACAAAAAUAAGUUUUGAGCAGAACACAACUGCAACAGAAUCACAGAACAAUAAUCACCACCACCAUCACCACCAUCACCACCAUCAUCAACAUCAUCAACAUCAUCAUCACCAUCAAGAUGACCACAGCCAGGAUCGCUCCUCCCUAAAUCCAGUCAUCACCCAGACCAAUCGCACCAGCACAGUGCAGAAACACACUCACCAGGACCAAGAACACAGACAUUAGAGAACUGUGGCUUUAAAGAUAUCAUACAGCACCAUUGAAAAGCUGAUGCGAUUUUAAUCCAGUUUCUUUACUAUUCUACUGGAGCUACAAUGCUAAAACAUAUAGCCACCAUCAUCGUACAUAUUCGUAGCCAAAUCUUCUUGAAGCCAGAUUUAUUAAAUACGACGUUACUGUGAUAUGAACAAAUAGUGUGAAAUAACAUGCUUCAGUUAUUGCUCUGUAUACGAACUGAUUUAUUUCCGUAAAAUAAUUUGUAGGAUUUUACUGCUUCUAAUCAAUGAGUCAAUUCUUUCAUUCAUUCAUUUUCUACUGCUUAUCCGAACUACCUCAGGUCACGGGGAGCCUGUGCCUAUCUCAGGCGUCAUCGGGCAUCAAGGCAGGAUACACCCUGGACUGAGUGCCAACCCAUCACAGGGCGCACACACACACACUCAUUCAUUCAUUCACUCACGCACUGGGGACAAUUUUCCAGAGAUGUCAAUCAACCUACCAUGCAUGUCUUUGGACCGGGGGAGGAAACUGGAGUACCCAGAGGAAACCCCCAAGGCACGGGAAGAACAUGCAAACUCCACACACACAAGGUGGAGGCGGGAAUCGAACCCCGACCCUGGAGGUGUGAGGCGAACAUGCUAACCACUAAGCCACCGUGCCCCCCUGAGUCAAUUCUAAUUUACAGAAUUUAUAUAUCACAUUUAAAUCAGUUAAUUAUUUCAAUUUCACACUCAUGACCAAAAUAUCCUCAACAUUUUAUUUAGAGCAAAAGUAAUGGCACCCUGUAAAAGGCAGAAGGCUUAGUGUGGGUCUGUGGGAGCCGACAGCUGCGAUGGCUGAGCUGCAUUACUGGAAAAUUUAAGUUACUCUGCACCCUUUCACCAAUUAGUCAGUAUUUUGUCUUGGAGUGUCUUGUGUGUGUGGCUAAAUGUCUAAACGAUUGGUAAAUGUGUCAUAUGGUUUAAACCUGCCGUUUAUACAACACUGAAUUAGCAGAUAUGUUUUCUUUCCCUAGCAGCUUGCAAUAUGAAGUGAAAACACAAAAAAUUCUCAGCUGAUUAACUAUAUUUGCGUAAGCGAUAUCGGCAUGUUGUUGUAAUUUAUUUUGAUUUUUGAAAAGGUUUGAUCCAGUACAGUUUCACAGGAAGUCUAUAACCAGCUUUCAGGUGUAGAAACAUCCCCGAUGGAUCGUUGUGAAGCGUCGCUCCUCUUAGGUUCCUCGUCAUUGCUCUUAAUGAAGCCUGCACAUCAAACCCGCACCAGGGGUGUGCGUGCUGAUGCUGAGCCGAGUAGGAAUCAGGUGGAGCACCAACACAAGUUCUGUCCAAGAUGGCUGACGCUCAGAGCUGAGGUUAUCUGUAGAUCCUGUUAUCUGUAACGUGUGUUCAGCUGAACGAGAAGCUGCAAGUGACACUUAUUUUUUGUUAUUAUAAUAUAUUAUAUUAUUAAUAUAUACAUACAUAUAUUAUGUAACAAUGUAUGGAUAUUAUGUUACUAUUAUUAUUAUUAUUAUUAUUAUUAUUACUUAUUAUGUUAUUAUAAUAUAUGAUAUUAUUAAUAUAUAUACAUACAUAAAUAUAUUAUGUAACAAUGUAUGUAUGUAUAUUAUGUUACUAUUAUAUUAUUAUUAUUAUGUUAUUACUUUUUAUGUUAUUAUGUCAUAAAGGAUCUCGUAUUCUAUAAAAUAAACAAAAAAUUCAUGUAGAGAAGAGAUUUUAUCUCAUAGACAUUACAGCACAAUUUGUAAAGCUCAGAAAAGAUCUUCCUAAUAAGUCCAGUUUAAUGUCAUGUUUUUAAAAAGUAAAUCAUGUUUCGAUGUAAUCAUUCUGGGAAUUUCUUUCUCCUUAAUAAAAAUAAAUAUACCAAA